AUGCCACCAGCCCCAGUGAGCCAGGCAGCCAAGAUGCCCCAGGUGCAGGCCCAGAUGCCCCCAGCAUGGGCCCAGAUGCCACCGGCCCCAGUGACCCAGACUGCCAAGAUGCCCCAAGUGAGCCAGACAGCCAAGGUGCCCCAGGCACAGAUGCCCCCAGCAUGGGCCCAGAUGCCCCCGGCCCUAGUGAGCCAGGCAGCCAAGAUGCCCCAGGUGCAGGCCCAGAUGGCCUCCACGCUGGUCGAGAUGCCCCUUCCUCAAAUGACUCAAUCCAACCCUUUAGGUAGUCUUGGCAACUCCUCCAUGGAUGUGAGUGGAGAAACCUCUUCUAAUGGUGGUGAUGCUGAGGGUCCCUCAUCAGGGCAAGAGCGCUACCUUGUGAUCACAGAGCCAUCAGGUUUUCAAACGCGCUACCUGGUUAAAUCCUUCAAUCGUUACGUGCUUGGGAAAAGGGUCUUUUCCCAAACCACCUACAUCCCACUGGACGUUCCUCCAUGUGAUGCUGCUCAGCCUGCUCCUGUCCCCAGUUUUCCUGGACAUGAAGCCCAGACUGGAAAGGCUAAAUUUGCCCAGUUGAUCUUUGCCCAUGGAGGUGACUGUGACAUGGCUUUGUGUGGUGGAGUGAGCUGCAUCAUAGAACCAGGACCAUUUGUGUCUCUCAGCAAAGCCAAGAUGAUCUCACCUGAUGGCACCAGCAAACCUUUCUCCAGCAGAGCAGAUGGAUAUGGCAGGGGAGAAGGUUGUGGGAUUGUUCUUCUGAAGCCUCUGAAAAAGCCAAACUGGUUUACAACUUUUUUUUUAUCACAGGCCCUACAAAAUUCUGACCAUGUCUGGGGUAUUAUUAGCAAAACUGCAGUCAACCAAGAUGGUCACUCUGUUUCUCCACUCACCAAGCCGUCCAUGGUCCAGCAGAAAGAGCUUCUCAGCAGGAUCUACUCCACAGAAAGUGACCUGACGAGUGUCCAGUACAUAGAGACUCAUGGGACUGGAACACCCAGUGGUGACCCAAUAGAGGCAAGCAGCAUCUCUAACAUUAUUGCCAAAGCCAGACCCCCAGGAUCAGAGACUCUCAUUAUAGGCUCUGUGAAAAGUAACAUUGGACACACUGAAUCAGCAGCUGGUGUAGCAGGAUUGAUUAAGGUGCUCCUAAUGAUGAAACAUGAGACCAUUGUUCCAUCAGUUUUCUACUCAGAAGACAAUACUAGCAUAGAUGCAAAAGCUCUGAAUCUCAGAAUACCAACUAGGGUAGAGAAAUGGAAAAGCCCUUCUCCAGAUGGAAGGGUGGCAGGAAUCAAUAACUUUGGUUUUGGUGGGACCAAUGCCCAUGCAGUUGUCCAGCAGCACAAACAGCCACAAAUACUAAAAGCUUCAGUUAACAAAAAUCAUCAGUUUUUUGUGCUCUCUGCAGGCUCUGAAAAAUCACUUGCAAUGGUAAUUGAAGACACAGAAUCUAAACUUGAGAAAGAGAUCAUGGCUGAUCUCCAAGCUAUAGCGUACACAUCAGCAUGCAGGAGAACUCACUUAAAGCACAGGUACAGAAUGGCCUUACACUCCACCACACUGACAGACUUGACAGACCAGCUUAGAUCUGCUCUCAACAAAAAGUUAGUCCAGUCAAAGGCAGACCCCAAAUUAGUGUUUGUAUUCUGUGGCAAUGGUGUAACUUACAGAGGCAUGUGCAGGCAGCUCCUCAGAGAAGAGCCUGUUUUCCGACAGAAAGUAAAGGAGAUUGAGACUCUUUUCCAAAGCUACAAAAGGUUAAACAUCAUAGACCAGCUAGAGGCAGAGACAGAUGAAAAUAAUGAUUUCUCAAAGCCUGAAGUCAUCCAGCCACUGCUCUUUGCUAUCCAAGUUGCUAUUGCUACUCUCCUGAAGCACUGGGGUGUCAGAGCAGAUGCUGUCCUUGGGCAUUCUGUGGGAGAGGUUGCUGCUGCUCAUUGCUCUGGCCUGUUGUCUCUUGAGGAUGCAGUGAAAGUCAUCCAUUACCGCAGUGCUUUACAAAGCAGGGUCACAGGAGGGAAAAUGCUGGUUAUCAGCAACAUGGCAGUGUCAGAGGUCUUAAAUCUUCUGCCCGCUUACUCAGGAAAGGUUUGUCUGGCAGCAUACAACAGUCCUCAAUCUUGUACAGCAUCAGGGGAUGCAGAGGCCAUUGUCAAACUACACCAAAAGUUAAGCAGCAGUGACAAAUCCAAAAAUACUUUUCUUCGCAUUUUGGACGUUCCUGCUGCCUACCAUAGUCACAUGAUGGACCCCAUUCUAUUGGAGGUUAGGGAACGUAUAGGAAUCAUGCAAGAAAAUGCCAAGGAGACAGAACUCUUCUCAACAGUGACAGGAAAUGCCGUGUCCCCUUCAGAUUUUGUCAGUGGCGAGUACUGGGCCAAGAACAUCCGUGAGCCUGUAUUGUUCGAACAAGCUGUGAGAGCAGCAGCCAAAGACCGAAAGAAUGUGGUCUUUGUAGAGAAAGGCCCAAGACGAGCUUUGCAGAGGAACAUCAUAGAGACUCUGGGUAAAGAUGUUACAGUUCUCUCCUCUGUGCAGCCAGAAAAAGAUCAUGAGGCAAUGCUCAUGACAGUAGGAAAAUUGUUUGAGGCAGGGUUUAAUGUAGACUGGGACCAAUUUUACAAAGGCGUCUGGGCCCUUCCAACACCCUUUCCAAGAUAUCAGUUUGACAAUGCUAAAAAAGAUGUCAUUGUUAAGUCAGCACACAACAACUACACUAGCAGCCAUCCUGUGAUAUCCAAGUCUAGGACAGAUGGUAAUACCUUCAAUUGUGAUCUCACAUCUGACUCACUGUCGUAUUUGUAUGACCACAAAAAUAAUGGUGUUGUAAUCAUUCCAGGGGCCUUUUAUGUUGAGCUGGGCCUUGCUGCAUAUAUGGAAUAUGCCAAACCCAAGGUCCCACUCAACACGCUGCAGCUCAGUAUCAAUUUCCAGAGUCCUUUUGUUUUCAGCCAGAACGCCCCUGACAUUAAAGCACAGCUUGAACCGGCAGGGAAUCUGACCAAUUUCAAAAUAUUCUCCCACUCAGCCACCUAUGCCUCUGGCACAGUGGAGCACAGGCAAGGGAGGUUUGUUGAGGAGCAAAGAAUAGCACUGGACAGCAUCCGCCAAAGAUGUCAGUCAGUUGUAAAUGCCGAUGAGUUCUACAAGUCUCUCUGUCUAGGGGGGUUUGAGUAUGGUACAUUGUUCAGGAACAAAGGAGAUGUGUACUAUGGAGAGGACCUCAGGGAAGCUUAUUCUGUUGUAACUGUACCUGAGGAGCUGCUUCCUCAGUUACACGAUUACUUCAUUCAUCCCAUUGUGUUAGACUAUCUGAUGCAGCCUGUCACAGUUGCUCAUGGAUUUCUUGCCCGGCCCGGGUUUCCCUCAAGGAUAGGGACGAUAACUGUCAUGCAGCCUCUGCAGAGUGAAAUGGUGGUCUAUUUGAGAGCAGUGACUGUGGGAGCAGAUGAUUUUGAAAUCUGUGGGUGUUUCACAGACAAAGAGGGUGCAGUUUUAAUUGAAUUGAAGCAUAUAAUGGUCAGGUUCCUUGGAAGUCGCUCUCGAGUUGUGGAGGAGUACUUCUACCAUAACACCUUCAAUGCAAUAAGUCUGGACAGUGAAGGCAUUGAGUUCCCCAGAACACUGGUCUUUGCUGACCAGUUAGGGGUGUCUGAAGCCUUGAAAAAUCAUUUGAGCCCAGCCUCUAGGUUUUUCCCCUUACAAAGUGCUAAGGUAUUGCUGAAUCAUGGAUUCCCAGCAUUACUCUCAGAGCUGAAGAUUCCUGAUAUGACCGCAUCCUUCACAGAGGUUUUGUUCAUGUGGGGUCUUGGUGACAUAACCAACCACAAAGUUGAUUACAUCCUAGAGAACAUUGCCUGUUGCUGUGAGAUUUUCCGGCAGAUAGUUGUCUAUCUGAAGGAUAUUCAUUUCUCACACUCCAUCAGAGUGGUGACUUAUCAGUCUACUGAAGAGAGAAUAGAUCACAUAAGUCCAGGGUUUGUGCUUUCUGGCAUGACACGAGCAUGUGCAUCGGAGAUCUCAAACCUCUCCUUUCAGCUGAUUGACAUUAGCUCUGUCUCAGCUGAAGACAUCAGGGCCCUUUUGCAGGUCUUGACCUCCUACCCCUGCAGCAAAUAUCCAGAACUGGUGGUGAAAGAUGGGCACGUUCUCCAGCCACAAAUUACUCGCACCUCAACACCAGCCUUACAUAGUCCUGAGAGUAAGGAUCACUGUUCACAGGCAGUAAGCUUUUCUUUGCAGACGGCUGACCCUUAUAAGAUGACCAGAUUGUCAGCCGUUCCAUCUGAGAAAGAGGAUGGUCAGAUUGAUGAGAAAAAUGUUGAGGUUGAACUCAAUGAAAUAUGUGUGCAUUCCUCAGACUACUUCCCGAUCAGUGCCUCUGACUUUAAUUUUGGCCAGACGAUAUACUGGAAUAAACACACAUCUCAGAACCACAAGCUCCUGGCUCUUGAUUUCAGUGGUACGGUCAUGGCUGUGGGGAAGAGUGUGAGCAAACUGAGAGUGGGAGACCACAUUGCAGCCUGCUACCCCAUAGCAGCAGCUUCAAAAGUUGUUAUUCCAGCAGAGGUUUGCUACAAAACAAAUAAACUUCCUAUCUUCAAAGAAGCUCCAUGCCUGUCACAUUUUGCCCUUGCAUGGGAGGUCUUGCAUAAUGCAUUAUCUAAGCCAAAAAAGCAUGGCCAUUUAGGCAUUAUCACCACUGCCCCUGACUCUAAUCUUGUGAGGAUCUUGAUGCUCACAGCAAAAAAGACAGGGUGGAAUGUCACAGUAGGAGCUGAUCCUAGCUCCAGUUUUGACAAUGCUGAUGCAGUUGUUCUACUUCCUCCAUGUCAAGAAUAUAUGUUUGAAAAAGUGGGGAAAAUGUCCACUAAUACAGAAACCAUUAUUAUUUGUGACAGCCACACAAACACCUUAUUCACUCAAAGGGCUUGCAGAGGUGAAAAUAUGCGAACCCAGAUCAUCUACAUGUCUAGCAUAAUGCAGAAGUUGUCUCUGCGAACGCACAAUCCACAUAUCUACCGGUGGCUCAGAUUAAUGCAGUUGGACAACAAGUCACUGGCUUUUAAGAAGUCCACUUUUCAAAGAAUGAAUUCUGGUUACAUAGAUUUCCUUUCCACUGAGGAAUCAGAAUCGUACUUCAGUUGUAAGACACUGCGGGUGCUGGUGCUGAAAAACAGCACUGCACUGUCUGAUAUCCCUUUGCUGCCCAAACCCAAACAUUUAUUUCACAAGAACGCAGUGUACAUUGUGACCGGUGGACUGUCUGGGCUGGGGUUUGAAACGGUGAAGUUCAUUGCCCAGAGAGGUGGAGGACACAUUGUUAUCUUCUCCAGGAGCAGUCCUUCCCCACAGGUCCUGGACGACAUAAGCAAUGUCCAGAAACAAUGGUCUGCCGUCAUUACUAGCCUUAAAUGUGACGUGUCAAUUUCUCAUUACGCCUUAAAUGUGACGUGUCCAAUCAGAGGAAUAUUCCACAGUGCAGUUGUGCUUCACGAUGGGCUCAUUGAAGGCCUCAAUAAGUCCCUCUAUGAGAAAGUCAUGUAUCCAAAAGUGAAUGGUGUGUUGAAUCUGCACCAUGCCACCCGGCACUGUGAGCUAGACUUUUUUGUCUGCUACUCCUCCAUCGCCUCAUUCCUGGGAAAUGCCUCUCAGACAAACUAUGCCUCGGCAAAUGCAUUUUUGGAUACAUUUUGUCAGUACCGCAGGAACCUUGGACUUCCUGGCCAGUCCAUCAACUGGGGGCCCCUGAAUAUUGGUCUUCUGCUGAACAAAGAACAUCUUCAGAAGUUUCUUGAGGCAAAGGGUAUGAUGGUUUUGGACGUCACUGAAAUUCACGAGAGCCUACAGCAAUGCCUCCUGUUAAACAAACCACAACAGGCAGUGUGUAAAUUCAACUUCACAAACAUUAGGUACCAUGUUCUCUCUCAAAACACCUCGGUCAACAUGCGCUUGAGAGCAUUAGUGGAGGACAGUCUCCGGAGAGCCAAAAUGUCUGAUCAUGUAUCAGCCCUUAAAACCUCAGUGUCUUCACCAAGUGAAUAUGUCCGGUCUGUGCUCAGUGAAACCAUCAGUGUUGAGUAUGAUGAGUUAAAUGAGGAAACAUCCCUAUCGACUCUUGGUGUUGACUCCAUGUUAGCUAUGACUCUCCAGAAUCUGAUCUUCCAGGAAAGAAGUGUUAAUAUCCCUCUCGUUAAAUUAUUGGACCCUAACAGUACUAUUGCUACUCUGGCAACAAUACUGAUGGAGCAUUCUGAUGAUUAUGAACAUGAGAAUGAGGACACAACGCUGUAGGUAACAUAUUCAGAUUUUCAGGGGACAGAAGUUUGUGUAAAUAUUAAAAUAAACUCUGCAAAGUUGUGAGUCAAGUAAGAAUUGCUCUUCUGAAACAGCCAAGCAACCAUGUUUCAUAAAAAAAGGAUUUACAAGAAUGUUGUAGUAGUUAUCUAAAUCUCAGUGUUUAUCUAAAUGUUAUCUUCUCUGAAUCUUAACUAAUCUGUAGAAAAACAUAUCUGAAUAAAUUAAUAUUUUUUGUAAAAUUUAAAUGAAAUCGCAUUCAGGACUGUACAUAUUACAAAAUGUAAUUACUUCAUAAUAUCAUGUAAUCAGUGGCGUUUCUACAUUAGGGGCACCUGGGGCACUGCCCCACCAGAUCGAGAUGGCGCUGUG